UAAGGUUUUACACACACAGACAGCUAGCAGCAGGGGAAAUAGUUCAUGGGAGUGGGACCCACUGAAGUCUCCAUUACACCCCCAAACGAAACAUCGUCGUAUUUGCUACCACUCUCUCUCUGCAUUUUCUUUCCGGUUUCCACAUUUCGAUUUUCCCACAGAGAACGAGAAAACAUGCCAAGUACGGACCUUUUCCAUUCUUUUACUGCCUAAUAUUUAAUAUAUUUACAUAUCGAAUCUCAACAACCUUCCUUGCGUCGCAAGUCGGUCCCUUCAAACUCCCUCUUCAUUUCCCAACUUUUUAAUUCCCGAAUCGGUUCUUAUAUUUUGUGAUCUCCCAUCACCUUUAUAUAAACAGACACGACGGCCCUUUUGAUUUUUUUGCCCUACGAAGACGCUCCAAGAAUCUGGGAUAUUCCAAAGCAGGCAACUUUCAUGAUUUCAUCGCUCCAAAAUCUCUGUAAAUUCUGCUUCACGAAGAUUACGUUUUUACUGUUUUGGAUUUUUGGUUAGUUUUUGGAUGUGAUCUGCAUAUUAUGAUGCUGGUUGAACAAGCACCGAUUUGCUUCUCUUCAGAAGGUUCAACGGGUACUUGUUAAUCUUGUUUCGGAGAGUAGUGCUUCAUCUGAACAUGGCAUUAGAAAGGAUUGCCAGGACUGCUCGAAAUGGAUUCAGAAGGUCGUCAUCAGGAGCAUCCGCUCGCACAAUUGAGAAGGAUAUGUUGUGUGAGCGAGCAUCCACACGCAAUUAUUGUUCCGUACCUUCACUCGAAAGUGAGACUAGAAACAACAAUCUUUCGUACCUCUCCAGCAUUUCAAAGGUGAAUCACAAUAGAUUCUGGAGCAGGGGAAUAAGCAUAACUCCAAAUUAUCAGUUCCCUUCUGCAGAAAGGAUUGUUGAGGAGUCUGAUUCGGAGUGUAAUGAGCCCAAGUAUCCGGGACUAGAAGCAACCAGGCCGGGUGAAAAGCCAAGAGUGGUGGUCCUUGGUACUGGCUGGGCCGCUUGUCGAUUCCUCAAGGGACUAGACACCAAGGUUUAUGAUGUUGUUUGCAUAUCGCCGAGAAAUCACAUGGUCUUCACUCCUUUACUUGCUUCAACUUGCGUUGGUACCCUGGAAUUUCGUUCGGUUGCUGAACCUGUUAGUCAUAUACAAUCUGCAAUGGCGACGAGUCCCAAUUCAUACUUUUACCUGGCUUCCUGCGUUGGCCUUGACACAGACAAACAUGAGGUUUACUGCGAGACAGUUAGCAAUGGCGGUUUAUCUCAUGAACCUUAUAGGUUCAAAGUUGCAUAUGACAAGCUCGUCAUAGCUGCAGGAGCUGAGCCUCUGACAUUCGGUAUCAAGGGUGUGAAGGAACAUGCAUUUUUCCUCCGUGAAGUGAAUCAUGCCCAAGAGAUUAGGAAGAAGCUUCUCUUGAACCUCAUGCUCUCUGAACAUCCAGGCAUAUUGGAGGAAGAAAGGAAACGCAUUCUGCAUUGUGUUAUUGGAGGUGGCCCUACGGGGGUGGAGUUCAGUGGCGAGUUGAGUGAUUUCAUCAUGAAAGAUGUCCAAGAACGGUAUACUCACGUUAAGGAUUACAUCCAAGUCACACUCAUUGAGGCGAACGAGAUUUUGUCAUCGUUUGAUGUUGGCUUAAGGCAAUAUGCAACAAAUCACUUGACCAAGGCUGGCGUUCGCCUUAUGCGAGGCGUUGUGAAAGAAGUGCAUCCGAAGAAGAUAGUUCUCAACGAUGGAACUGAUGUUCCAUAUGGCCUUUUGGUCUGGUCUACCGGUGUUGGUCCCUCAGAGUUUGUGAAAAAACUUAAUCUUCCAAAGUCCCCGGGUGGAAGGAUUGGUGUUGAUGGCUGGAUGCGGGUUCCUUCAGUGGAAGAUGUGUUUGCACUAGGAGAUUGCGCCGGUUUUCUUGAGCAUACGGGGAGGCCAGUGCUUCCGGCUUUAGCUCAGGUGGCAGAACGCGAGGGAAAGUUUCUGGUGGAGUUGUUUAACAGGAUAGGAAAGCAGGAUGCCGGGAAGGCCUUCAGCGCAAGAGACAUUCCUCUCGGGAAGCAAUUUGUGUACAAGCACCUUGGAAGCAUGGCGACAGUUGGAGGCUAUAAGGCUUUGGUUGAUCUACGCCAGUCUAAGGAUGCAAAGGGCAUAUCCCUUGCCGGAUUUCUCAGCUGGUUUAUUUGGCGCUCCGCUUAUCUGACGCGUGUUGUCAGCUGGAGGAACAGGUUCUAUGUUGCAGUGAACUGGGCUACUACUCUUGUCUUUGGCAGAGAUAACUCGAGAAUAGGUUGAUGCUACAAGUCACCUCACACACCAUUGCCAUGUGUUAUAGGCUAGUGAUUUUAACACUCCUCGUUUCGCCUUCUUCCGAAUAUAAAGGCUACAUAUGUUAGAGGUUUAAGAUCUUGAUCUCUCAAUUUGUCGAAUUGGGUGAAAUUUUUGGUUCAAUUUAAACUCAAUCUCUUAGGGUUGGUUUGAUA